AUGGCAACCAACUUCAGCGAGAGGUUCAGCAUGGAUGCUAAAGUUGGAGGCGAAUUAGAAACAGAAUUCAUGGGCACCACGCAAUACAAUUUUUGCAACCUCAUAGAGGAGCACUACAAUGCGACUCGACACGAUAUGACGGGCGUCUUUGAGGCAUAUCGUUUCGACAGAAAUACCAACGAAGGUACUCACUGCGUGCUCAUGAUCUGCGAACAAUUGAAUCCAGGUCUCUUAGACGACAACAAGAAAAAUAGCCAACUUAUUGUGGAAGACACCACACAGCAAACUUCUUGCUCAACGCGCUACUGGGAAAACAGACUUAUAUUCGACUCCUGCUUCAACCCCAACGAUAACGGCAGUUUCAUCGAGAACUUCACCCAAAUCCAAAAGUUCACUGAAAACGAAACCGCCUGUCACAACAGCUUCCCUGGUGGUUAUCUCGACCUAUUCGCAGCCGCCAUGCCAUCCGAACUGAAAAUUAUUGGUGAUAUGCCAGGCUUUCUUAGAGAAGAGGAUUUGUUAGCAAUCAAGCUUCAGCUCUACAAACUGCCAGCAUCAAGGCGGGACUUCGUUGUGUCUUCCUCCUUCUUGUCUUGCUCUGCCUCCUCGGACCUCUACAGUAGCGAGUUUCUCUACCGAAUGGCCACAAUCUGGUACGACCGCGAUUCGAAACAGAUCUGGGUCCCCGAAGACACACUCACAAACUGGUAUGCACGAAAAUCUGCAUCCGACCAGCAGAAACAACAGAGAAAACGCGCCAGUGACCCUCAAAAGCAGUUCGAAGAAUUCUGGCUGAGGCUCGUCAAGAGUUGGGAGUAUUGCUGUCGAAGAUGGGGAUAUGCGCCUGAUGUUCAGAAAGUGUUGUCUUCUUCUACUCAAUUGUGUUUCAGGGAUCGUGAGGAUUCGACUGCCUCUCCCUCUUCUACUGACAAAGGCUGGACUAUGAUUGAAGAUGGUAAGUGCUUCUAG